AAGACUCGGUUGUUACUCGCUUCGUUUCGGAAGCAGCCGAACGUAAGGGCAGCAGGCAAUACGGCAGUACGUAGUUAGCCGGCUUGGCGAACGGUCACGAGACGGAGAGGCGUAUAGCUGCGGAUAUAGUAUAACGUUAGAGACGUGCGGCAUAGUAGUACUUAUAUAUUACUUGCAUCGAAACGAGCCAAUCGGCCGAGAGUAUCGGAGUUAAAACGACAAAGCUAAGGACGAGCGAUAAAACAGGACUACGACGAGCCUCCACGCUACUAAGGUCACUACCCUUCGAGUUGUGGCAAGGUCAGCCACAAGGAUCGCGCAGUGAACGCGGCGUCGGGAUACGCGCAUCUAACUACCCAACUAACUUACGUUGCUGCUGUUUGCUGCUACGCGCCUUUUUGCUCCACCUUUAGCACGGCUUUUGCACCCUCGUUCCUUUACUUCUUCUCUUAGUGAGACUGCUUAUUUUUAAUUUGGAAAACUUUAUAUCUUCUAUUUUGACAAGCUAUUUUAGUUUGUCGAAUACCUGAUUUUCGGAUAAUACGAGUAUAAGUUGUAUCCGUCGACGACGAGAGUCGUUUGCGUCUCUUUGCUUUGUUCGUUCAGUGCUCGUGGCGGGAUUUUUGAAAAUCUUGUCAACGAACACGGAACGUGGAACUCCAGUGACUCAGCUUGGUUGUUUCGUUGGUCGGAAGUAACGGGCAUGAUUGCCCUAAAGACCUGAAGAGGACACCGUGAGACUUCUUGAGAUUAUAAUAUAUUUCCUCCAAGAUGCGGGGGUGUCUCCGGGGGUGGCUGUCAUUGGCAGCCCUGAUAAUGUUCGCGAAUUCCAAGGGGACCUUCGCCCUGCCAGUUCCUGACGACGAGGUCGAUACGACCACGAGGCUGCUGGGAUCCAGUGUCGUCACUUCGGUUUCGGUUAUAACCGGAAACGACCGCGGAAGUGCAAAGGGACAUCAUUCCUCGGAUUUCGAAAAGACGAAGGCGAUUCCUGGAAAAUUUUCGGAAAUGCCGGCCUCGCCCGCUGUACUCCUGAGACCCGACAGGUUUCAGUUCUAUACGUUAAACAAAAACGGCGACGUCGUGACCAAGCAGAUGACCGAACAGGAAAUACAUAGUCUGAUCGCGGCCGGCGGUGGCCAACUUCCGGUGGAGAUGCACGAGCCCCAAAAAGUCGGCGACGAACCCAGUGGAGGAAUGAAGGUCGCAGACGUAGUUCAGAAUGUUCAGAACGUGCUGAAAAGUGAGUUGAGCAAGCCGAUGGCUGUGAUGACGUCGGUCCCAACGAUUCCAGGUCACGCCAACGCUGAAUGGAGUAGUAUCCUGCCAUCAAUUUUAGCUGGUGACGUCGACUCGGCGUCACUUGGCACUCCUGAGCUCGUUAUGAUACCUGAAAUGAAGCCUGAACCAGUUAAAAAUGUUUCUGAAACGACAGAACAGGAUACGCCUACGGAAUCCAUGCAGCAACUGGUACCGAUAACAACUAAGGAGCCUGUACAGGCGCCUGAAAUAUCUGAGACAAAGCCUGAACAAGUCCCUAGUGCUUCGAACGAUGAUACUCCCACGAAGGAAGCUAGUCACGAACCUGGAACUGUCGUUCCUGUAACGACAGAGGUAUCGCAGAAUCCGCCUGAAGCGGCUGGAACGCCCCUGAAACAAGAUACAAAGCCUGAAACGAUAUCAACGACAGAAACAAUUAUUCCGUCGAAGCAAGAUCAGGAAACUGUUACGAAUUUGCUCGGUACCCCUGAACCUGUGAAGCUUCAAGAUGAGCCUGAGACAAAUAAGUCGGUUUUGGCUGUUUCUGAAACAUCGAUGACUACGGAAAAGCCAAUGAUUCAGGUACCUGUUAUAACGAUGGAUAUAAAACCGCAAACGCCGGAAACUGACAUGGGAGAAAUGCCCGUGUUUCAGAUGCUGAAUACAAUAUCAGCUGACACCAAGAACCAGUCCCUGGACAUUGUUCAGGAAGAUGAUACAAAAACAGUGACGGAAUUACCAGGGAUGGUUCAGCAGGUUGUCGAUACGGAGAAAAAUACUGCGACAUUAAAACCUGAAAUUCCAGAAGCUUCAGGGACGGCUGAAGGAUCAGAAGACAUUUUGCAGGUUACCGAAGUAAUGCAUGCGGUUCCGUUGAUUCCGGUAGAGAAUUCAGAAAUUCUUAAAGAACAACCAUCUGUUCCUAACACAGCGAGCCCUGAAGUUCUAGGAGGUGCUUCAGUGUCUACCACUAUUCCUGAAAUUGUAGAUGAUCAGCAGAAAAUAGUUUCAACAUCCUGGACUGAGCCGGAAACUGUACCUCUUGAAAUUACGAGUUCUCCGAAUGAAAUUGAUAUGCCUCAUACGGUUAGUGUUAUUUCUGAAACACAGUCGACCUCGAUUAAGGUAGAAGGACUUCAGGAAAAUCCUGCAGCUGAUUUGAAACCAGGAGAGAAGCCUGAAAUUGAAUCAAGUGAUACAAUUCAAAUUGACAUUAAGGAAAAACCUGAGGUUCCCGUUGUUCAAAAUUAUUCCGAAGGAUCCGUGUUUACGGAAACGAAGAAUUUGACUGUCAGUUCUAAUGUCGAAGAUGAGAUGGAAAAAGUAACGCCCACCAAAGAAACAAAUGUAACAGCAGAAUCGGUAAAUCCACAGACAGAGAUUUCAACUCCCACAGAAGACGAAAAGCCUGAAACAUCUACAUUACCAGGCUUGUUUGUACAGGGCGUUUCUCUGAUUGAAAAUCUAUUACCAGAAUCCGUGAGCUCCAUCGUAACUGAACUUAUAUCAAAUAAACAGCCUGAAGCAACCAGCACCCAAGAACAAAAGCCUUCUCAAACAUCAGCACACACAUCUGAAAUACCAACUGUAUCAGAUACUGGGCUUUCAUCUUCGGAAGUUGCAGCGGAUACAAUGAAUUCAUCGAUUUCGGUCAAAAAUCCUGAACCGACCGACAUUUCGACCCCACAAGUGGCUCCAGUUACAGUACCGGAAACAAGUACCAAACAAGAGGAAGUUUUGGAGAAAGUACAAGAUACGCAGUUUGAAGCUGAAAUAAGGAAACCUGAAGUACAGCCUGAAACAAAGCCUAAUGUAGAGAAAGUUAUUAGUACUUUGACAAAUCCUGAACAAAGCGGUACUUCAGAAAUGAAUACUGGUGUUGUAGAUCAAGUGCCUGGUAGUAGCAGUCAAGAAACGAAACCUGAAGCAUCUACUGCAGAUAAUAAGAAUUCAAACGGUAGCGCUGAUUCUAGCGAUCUGAAGUUAUCUACAACUGCUACGUUCAUGGAUGCUGAGAAACCCGUGGAUUCUUUAUCUACAGAAUUGGCUGACUCAUUAUCGAGUAUGAUGUCCCAAAUUUCGGAUGCUGCACCUUCAGUGAUGACCCUUUCAGAAAGUACAUCCACGGAACCAGCUGAAGUGGUGCAGUCUGAACCCGCUGUAACUGUUGUCGAGCACGGAAAAGUUCCAGCUAUUAAGCCUGAUCAGGAAACUAAAUUCUCUGAAGAGACGGAACAAACAGAAAUUCCUGAAAGUUCAGUAAUGACGCCUAAUGUUUCAUCAGUGCAAUUGGAUACCCCUGCAGCUGUAAAUGCUUCAGACAUUAAGUCUGAAAUCACAGCAACUAACGAAGUAAGUGCUCCAGCGUCUACGGAAAAAGUUGAAGAACUAAUAAAGACAGAAAAACCUGAAAUACCAAUAAACAGAAUCGAUUUGCCUGAUAAAAAUUUAUACGAAUCUACAAUAUCAGAAGCUAUAAAUGAUGCUCCAGUUGUGGAUAAUAAGCCUGAACCUUCUGAAACAGAGACUAAAGUUGCUAUGGCUGAAGUUGUAACGGAUCCUGCAAGGACGGAGACUCCUAAAAUACCUGAAACACAAUCAAAUGUAGAGCCAAGUACGAAAGAUUCAACACAGAAGACAGAAAUUAGCAGCGAAGCACCGGAAAUUACUGAAUCGAUGACGCCUGAGAUUGCGCCUGGAAAUGUUUCUGAAAAUAUAAUGAUUGAAAUGCCUGUACUCCAAAAAGAACAGACAACUGGUUCACCUGACGAGAACACUGAAAAAGUCAUUGAUAAUACGCCCUCGAAACAGGAUACCGCAUUAAUCGAAGAUAGUCAAUCGUCUGUGACUGGCACUGAAACACCAAUAACGCGAAUCGAUAUAACAGAUGCAAAGCCUGAAAUAUCUUCUAUCGUUCUAACAACACCUGAAGAUGCUGAAAAAAGUACUGAGUCUCCAGUCGUGAGAAUUCAGCUUACAGAUGCUGUUUCGGUUAUAAAUCAGAUGCUAGAAACUGUACCUACCCAGACCAGCACAUCAUCAUUAGAGUUGCUUACUUUACCUGAAAAUUCAAAAGUCUCAGCUGGCAGUAUUGCUAGUGGCCUUAUUGCUGGAUUUCCGGCGGGUACCACUGAGGUUGUUUCUGCAGCUCCGGAAAUGGUGUCAGCUUCCCUGAUUAGUGGGAUAUCGGAAAAUUCUGAAGAAACCCCAUCCAAGGAUAUGUCGGUGAAACUUGAAAUAUCUAAGCCUGAAACUGAAGAGAACGUUAAAAUUUCGAUGCAUCCGAUUUCCACUGAAAAUAUUGGAACUGAAACAAAUUCUGAGAGUGGGCCUGAAAAGACAGUUUCCACUACGGAGAAGAUUCAGGACAAUACUGAACAAAUCUUGGAUAGUCACUUGAACACUGUAGAAGUAGAAAAUGAAUCUUUGGAAGUUAAGGAAAAGGAUCAACCGCAAAAUCCUACAGAAAGGAUGCCAGUUGAAUCAGCAACGGAAGUGCCAUUUGUUAGGAUAGAUCUACCUGUUUCAGGCGAAAAGAUUUCUAUGGUUGCUGACAGCGAAGCAGAUGUGAAGACGCCUGCUAAUACUGAAACAUCGAAGCCUGCCAUUUCUACUGACAAGCUUGUUCCAGCAGUGACGACUGAGUUUUUGAUGACUGAAACAGGAACUGAAUCUCAAAAUGAUAGUAAUACUGAAUCUGCAACUAUUUCUGAAAUUCCCUUAACUACUAUAAGUGAUGCAAAAGGUAAGCCAAGUUUUAUUAAAUUGGAAAGUCAAGACACAAAGUCUGAAACUUCAGAAACUCUUGUUGAAAAUGUCUCAGAAACUACUUCUUCCAUGCCUGAAAAAAUACUUGAGGAAACUCUUAUAACAGUGCAGAAUGAUACUGUUAAAUCUCCAGAAUCCAGCACCAAUACAUCAAGUUCAGCUUCAGUUGCUGAAUCUACGACUGCGACUCAGGAUUCAGCUACGAUUAAAUACGAGGAUUCGUCAACUACCAAUUCGGAAGAAUCGGAGAAAACGAUAAAGCCUGAGACACCCAUAGUGAGAAUAGAUAUAAGUCCUGAAACGAGUCACAUUGAAAUUCCACAAAAAAUCCAACUGACUGACUUACCAAUCGUAAGUACUUUUGUUGAAACGAAAAAACCUGAUCAAGUUCCCGAAACAACCGAACAACUGAAAUUAACGGAAUCAAUGGAAAGCCCACUUACGACUGUGAUUCCUGUAAAAAGUCCCUCGGAAAGUUCUACGAAUGUUGUAGCUGAAGAAAAACCUGUAGAAAACGAAAAAUUAUCAUCAGGCUUAGACGCCCUGAAAUCUCAAACAAAUUCUAAUGGUGCGACUGAAAUAUCAUCUAAAACAAGUACAGCUGGAAUAAACGAAAAUGACACAACCCAAAAGUCUGAUAUAAAAAGUGACGUCAUUUCCGAAGAUAAACAAGAAAUGAUAAGAAUCGAACAAAUUACACAACCGGAAAAGACUAAGUUGGAAGCCGAUACUCUGAAUAAUUCCGAAUCUCCAACCACUUCAACGGUUCCAGUAACUCUGACCGAAUUGUUACAGCCACCAAAACCAAUUGCGUCACUUAGUCAAGCUGAUACUCAAUCGUCAAAUAAGAGUGAUAACAAAAAAACAGAAUUUGUGGAGAUCGUGCCACAGAAAACUCAAGAAAUUAGAAUUCAAGUGAAUGACACUGCCGUUUUGGUAACCAAACAUCCAAUUUCAGAUGAAACACCACAAAAACUAGCUGAAACUAUAAAUCAAAAACCACCAACAGUACAGGAAGGUCUAAAGAAGACACCUGAACCUGAAGUCGUAUUUACCACAAAGCCUGAAACAGUCUACAACAAGGUCGAGACCAUACCUGAAACCUCUGUGAACGUUGCACAAACUGAUAAGACUGCCUUAAAACCUGAAGAAAAUGAUAGGAACGUGUCACAGAUUAUGGAUUCUUACAUGAAAUUAGGGGAGAAAGAGGAAAGCAAGCCUUCUGAGGUUAAAAAUCCUGAAACAGGAGAUAAUGUUGUACCAGAUGUUUCAGGAGCAUCUAAACUGAAGUUGAAUGAGGAAAAAACAGACAAACCCGUAAUCAACAAUAAGGAUGAAACGAAGACCAACGUCGAGGCAUCGCUCGUUUCAAAGGACGAGGGUCAUUAUGAAAAGUUAGGAGAAAAGAAAAAACCAGUUGUUACCGCCGUAAAUAGCAAACCAAUUGUAACAGAUCUUAAAAAAGAACCAACAAAAGAAGCCGCAAUCAGUGCCUCAAUGACAGAUGAGCCUCAAGUAUCGAUGAACAAAGAGGAGUAUCCUUACUCAAAAUUGGGCGAAACGAUUAAAACAACGAAGCCCUUGCAAUCGUCACAGAAUAUCCAAGCUGGGACACCAGCUUUGCCAACGGAACAGAAAAGACCCAGUUUUACGACGCCAUCUAACAUAAAGAAUUCCAAUAGCCCAAUAAAAGGUGAAGACAAGCAGAAGCCCAGUUUGAGUAUCAAAAAAGCAGAUCACGAAGGGGUUUCAAGUUCAGAAGAAAAAUGGACGCUAAUUCCUCAACAGGUACCAGGUUCGAGUGUGAAGACUACAAAUGCACCGUUGAAGAAACCAAUGAAAACAUCCGAAACUGGAACUACCGGCUCCACUUCCGAAAAUAAUGUUGAACCUGCCGAUACGAUAGCAUUAGAGGCAUCACAGAGUGCAUCAGGGCUGGAGAGCAGCGUGAAAAAUCUUGAUCAUGACAUGCAGUACUUCGCACGCCUCUGCAACGAAUUGGCAUUUAGUUUUUGGACCGCUACCAAUAAGGGCUUGAGUACAGCUAGGUCAUUGGCUCUUUCGCCAUUUGGCAUGACCAGUAUACUCGCCAUGGUUUUCUUAGGGGCCCGUGGUCCCACUUCCAAUCAGAUGAAUGAUGUUCUCAAGCUGGAUGAUGUAGCCACAUUCAAUCCGCAUCUGGUUUUCCAAAAUGUGACUGAUACCGUGAGCUUAGCUAGAAAUCAAGGAAUCGCUAACGCUGCUUUCGUCAGGGUCCUUUUUGCUGACCGGAACAAAGUAGGUAGGCUUAUGCCCUUCUACAAGGAACAGGCCCAACAGUUCUACGAGGGCUUUGUAGCCGAAGUUAAUUUUGCCACCAUCAGUGAUCUCGUGCGCAGGCGCACUAACUUCUUAAUUAGAAAGCAAACUGGAGGCAGAAUUAAAGAUUUUGUGAAGGGCAAUACGGUCCCCUUGAGGUCACCACUUGCGGCACUUUCUGCCAACGUCUUUCAAACGGAUUGUAACUCAAGUGGCGCCACCUCUGAGGGUCGUGACGGUGAAUUGUACUUCGCCGUUUCACCGGCUAUUCGACAAAGGAAGUUAGUUCCAGUUCCUGCCACUACGUGGCGAUCUGGCGUUCUUGCUGGAUACGAACCUGGACUCGACGCCACUGCCAUCGCUAUGGGUGGCGUUGAUAAAUUAGUUUCUACUAUUUUUGUUAUUCCUGGACAACAAGGACAUGCAGCUCCAGGCGAUAGUCUAGACAGACUUGAACAAAGACUUGUCGAAGGAGCUUUCACUCAAGGUGCUUGGGAAAAAUUACUUAAGGUUCUGGUGCCCAGACCUGGACUCGAAUUGCAGGUUCCCAAAUUUAGUCAUCGUUCGGUUGUUAAUGCAACUGCAGCACUUAAAAGAAUGGGACUUGAGGAAUUGUUCUCGAAUCAUGCUGACCUCAAAGGCAUCAACAGCGCUAGACACAAUUUUCAUCUGGCAGAUAUGUUACAAAUUAAUCUGUUCAGCACUUGUGGAGAAGAGAAUAUAAUAACCGGGCGACAUCAUGUCGAGGUCUAUCCAGCCAGUCCUUUACGGAAUGUACGAGGUCGUCUGGAUUUGAGUGAAGAAGUAGACAAUUAUGAAAAUAUAGAUGCCAGCACGCCACCACAAGAUUUUGAAGAACCCGAGGAAUCGCACAGGACCGCAAGGCAAGCAAAUGCAUCGGACAAACCAAGACUCAAACUGGAUCGACCAUUUUUGUAUUUCGUCAGACACAAUCCAACUGGUUUGAUACUGCACAUGGGUCGUUUUAAUCCAAGGCUGUUGCCUUAGAUUUUUUAAAAUAAUUACCAAACAGAUAUUCAUUGGUUAUUUAUUAUAUUUUUGGCGAACUUGAUAACAUCUCGAAAUUCGGGACGUUUCAAAACUUUUAAUAUUUCGAGAUUUUAUUUUCAAAAAGUUUCGUGGUGCUAUAUUUAUUAGCGAAAAAUUCGAAAUAUUGCCAAGUUCUGUUUUGCUUCUAUUAUUUAAACGAUAUUUAUAAAUAAUUGACAAUUGAACGCACACAUGAUUCACCCAUAUAUAUAUAUAUGUAUAUAUAUAUAUAGGGUGCUCUAAAAGCAUGGGUAAAAUAUUAAAAAUGUUUUUCCCACUUUCUUGUGAAUCCUCGUUAAAGUCGAAGCGAUCUCCCGAAGAUGCUUAAUCGAACGACUAGGAUUAAAAAGUCUAACUUAAUUACAGUAUAACUAGUGAAGUGUGUAUUAGAAAAAAAAAAGAAAGAUAGGAACGAAGAAAGAGGAGUAGCGGAUUACUGUAAAUGUAAAACACUCCAAAAUGGGGGUUGGUUAUGGUUCUAGUAUAACUUUAUUUAUUCACUGGCACGCGGUUCGGCCAAAGCGAUCGAGCGAAAGUAAAUUGCCGAGAUCUUUCGGAGAAUUUACCUUAUUUUCAAAAACCUCCAGGUUUUUCGACUCCGAUGCCAUUAGCGUACCGAAAAAAAGAUCAAAAGACAAAAUCUUGAUCAUCGUCCAAAACGCCGUUAACUUUCGAAAUCUUAGAUUUGCAUGAUUUACAAAAAAAAAAAAGUAUAGCUAGCAAGUCAAUCAAAUGCGUCAUCCAUAUAAAUGCCAAAUCAAUUAUAGUUCAAUAUGCAAAAUCAGUAAUUAAGUUAAAGGCAGAAAAUAAUUUUUGAAAUUAUAUUAAUACACAAUCUACCUACAGUAACGGCACGUCAAUUCCUUUUUUUUCAUUGUGCCUAAAAAAUUAACAAUUCAAAAUAAAUAUUUGCAAAACAAGUUGCCAUAACAUAUAUUUACGCGCGAAUGAAAGUAUUUCGAAAGUUGCGCAUCAGUUUGGUAUUUAUUAUAAUUUCGGUUUGGACCCUGAUUGACAUUCGUAUUUACCCUAUGACUAACUUUUAACAGUUCCCCACUUCCCCGAUUUAUCGAUAAAAAAAAAAAGAGAACGUUUAACCGUCAAGUAUUAACAGUAUCUUUAACGUCAUAUUUCAUGUAUACAGUCGUUCUACGAGUAAAAGAUCCUGCUCCAGGUGUCUCUUUUACCUUGAACGUCAUAGGAGGAUGGCCCCUUCCAAAAGUUACUUUACUCGUGGGCCGACUAUAAUUAUUGUUCAGCGUGUGCUUGUCCUUUCGUCGUUGUGUGUAUGACAAGAAGUUGUAUGAACACGCAGUUUUGACUGCGUUACGUGUGAGAGUUUGUACAUAUGUGAGUGAAGAAAAGAGGGGAGGAAUUAUUCUAUGCAUCUCUGCCUACCGAGUGCAAUGUCUUAUCUUCAUUAUUUUAAGUAAUAAUAAAAUUUUUGAUUCAGAAGAAAUUUCAUCAGUUGAAAAGAAAAUUAAUUUAUCGGCCGUCGGUAAGGAAGUUUUCUUAGCUGCCGACCGAACACGUAAAAUGCCUGCCUAGCUACGUACAGGACUUGGAUUGAAUUCAAUAUCGAUUACCUUUCCACCGUACGAAAUUCAACACAAGAUUAACCAAUCACGUGCAACAUUUGAGAAGAAUGCAAGAACGCGAUUGGUCGAUCCUAAAAUUAAUCGUGAAGGACGAAAACGUUGUCAUCGACACUAUUAAUUUUCAGCUCUUUCUCAAUAAUAGUUUAGUAGUUACGGUGCUAUUUUAUUUUUUUCAACAAUUUGAAACUUUUUUUCAUUAUGUCCGAACGAAGAAUCUUUCAGGCGACUCCCGAGGUACGAGACUAAUAAAUAAACAGGUAUUAGAAUUCUGCAAUAUGUUAUGUACUAUGAAAUGACUAUUCGAAAAUAAAAGUAAAAUAUAUAU